CCUGCGAAAGAUAUAAACACCGUCCAACUCCACGCCCAGUUCUGCUUCUCUCUCCUCCCUUCUCUUUCUUUCUUCUCUCUUCGUCCCCCAUCCCCUUAAUUUUGUUCUCCUUUCGUCCUCGAGCUAUUCCUAUAUUAAGAGAAUUUUAUAGAGCCGGUCUCUUCUCCUGCAUAAUAUUUUUAUACCCCCCUUUUGUGCACUCUUAAUAUACAACCUCACCCGUUAUCUACUUCGUUGUCGCUGGUCCGGCAAUUCGAAUCGAUUUCGCUAAUAGCUCGUGUGACUUUUUUAAACAACCCUUCAUCUACAUCCUUCGUUCUACGCAUAUUUGUUUCAACUACUUUUGACUUGACGCCCUAAGGAAGCUCUGGUUAGCUACCUCCGUCCAUUCAACGACUCAAACGUGCCGAAUACUUUCAACCAUUCAUUUUAUAAUAUUUAAUAAUUUUUGACCAACCAAUCCACCCUUUAAUUUCCUACCCCCGAUUGUCUUUUUAUCCGGAAUAAAAGGACAUCAAAUUUCGAAAACAACCAACCGCCUUAAAAAAAUUUUUACACAAUACACAGAACACUCUCAACAAAGCAAUAUGUCUUCUACUGCCAUCCAGCUCAACUUCUCCCUUCGCACCUCCUCCAAUGUGAAGACCGUCCAUCUUUUGGGCUCCUGGGACAACUAUGCCGGCCAGCUUCCUCUUUCCUCCAAGUCCAAGCCCGGCUCGUGGCAGGGAGCAUUCCGCUUCCAGACUACCAUGCUUCGCCCUGGUUCUCGCUACUGGUACUACUACAUCAUGGAUGGCUACCAUGUCUCCCAUGAUCCCGCAGCUGAGUUCACCGUUGAGCCCACCACCGGGCGCAAGUUGAACAUCCUCGAUGUUCCCCGUACGCCCUCCGCCAAGUCGGCUCCCACCUCCAAGCCUCGCCGCGACAGCGUUGAUGUGCCAGUCGGACGUGCUCUGUCCCCAUCCAGAAUUUUGCACCCACGUCCCUCUAAGCCAUACGCCUCGCGCCAGAUCCGAGAAGCCAACUACCAGGAUCUGCCAACUGUCGAUGCACUGACUGCGAGAUUCAGGGCCACCGAUCUCUCAGACGACGACUCUGACAUUUCUUCAUCCCCACCAUCAUCAUCCGGAUCUUCCCUCUCCUCCCGCUCCAACAACACCUCUCCCUCUUCCGUCUCUUCAUUCAGCGACCUUGACUCAGCAUGCAGCUGUCAAAGAUUCGGAAUCACCCGCAGCGGAGAGAAGGUCAAGAUCGACUGUGGUGGUCGCCGAUGUGGCUACAACACCCUUUCCGACUCCUCUGAUGACUCUGACGAGGCAUGCAGCUCCGACGAAGAAUACAAGCAUGUCCGCACCCAGCUUCGCCGCCAGAACAUCGCCGUCCGCAGGUAAAUGGCCAGCUCAACGCUUUACGCAAAGGAGACGAGGUGUCUUGUCAAGCAUCUUCACACCUGCGAUAGGAAAUGAUGGAUGAGAAGCCAUUUUCUAUUCAAUUUUUGACUUCUUCAACGCAAUUCGCUUUUGUGUCACUCUCUUUGACGUCGUAUUGUCACGUCGACCCGACAAUUCACCUUUAUUAUUCCCCAUUGGACUCUCGGUUGGGACGAUACCGAUGACAAACUGCCCUCUUCCCCUCCUGUUGGCGGAACACAUGCCAAUCUCACGCCACGGGAGCCGAAGCCAAGGGUUAAAACCCUUUUUGCAAUGUUGGAGGAGAUUGUCUCUCCGUCCAUGCAGUUAGCCCGUCAAAUUUCACUGCGUGGAAACGAAGGGCCUGUAAAGUCCCAUCUCCUUCUUGUCCCAUGGACAACCCUCUCGCGCGCGAUCCUUCGCCCAGAGGCCGAUUCACCCUUGACAACGGAUUCUUCCUUGCAUAUUAAAGGUCCUUAGAUCCACCACCGCCAAAGCAUGUGCACCUCUUUUUGCCAAUUUUUGUUAUCUUACCCAGAAGGAUGCCCGGAACAGCGCCUUCGCUUCUGUGUAUGAUAUAAAGAAAGAGGCCAAGCACGAGUUACGAAGUCAUGUCGUUUGUUUAUAUCAUUAUUUCCGGUUGCUUUUUUUUUUUUUUUUUUGUUUUUAACGAAGAAUGAGUAGCAUGAUAUCGUUGUUGGGGUAUGAGAGUACGGGGAGAUGAAAGGGAAAUAUGUAUCACUCCUUUGAUGUUCAAAGUCAUAAAUUUGAAAACAGUAAAUAUGAGAGGAAGAGGAAAAAUAUUUGACUUUAUUUCUUGAAUAAGAAUAUGAAAUAUAACCAGGCAUGCCUGCUUUUAUCAACAUGGCACAUUGAUGACCUUGACACGCAUUUUUCAAUCUCUGUUCAAUGAAUCCCUUGUAGCAGCCAGCUGCCACUUUGGUAAGAUGUUAACAUAUAAAAUAACACCCGACUGAGUACCCUUAUUUAAUCUAAGCACUUGAAAACUCCACACUGUCCCACGAGCUCCCAAAACCCCGACAUUUACCCUCUUCAAUACCAGCUUAAAUAGCAGAUAACAACGCUCAAAAGGGAUUGCCAGCCCCGACACCAGGGGCAAGAAUAGGUAAAAUGACGUUCAAAUUGUUCAAAAUUGCCUUCUCCUGGAAGGCAAUGGGUUGAUACUCCUUUCAAAGGAGAUACCAACACCAAAAAGGAAAGAGAUGAAUAUGAUUGUUGUACAUGAAAAAUCACAAAUUCAAAAACAUUAAAGAAACAAAAUAAAAAGUAAGGUAGGAAGUAUGAAAUAAAGACAGACAAGAUUCAAAACGAAGGGUAUAAUUUGGUGCUGAAACACCAUGAAAGACUCCUUCAAAGCAUGAUGCUGCUUCCCAUCAAUGUUGGGAUUCUAGGCUCUUGAUAUUCAAUUAUCGUCAUCUGAAUCGCUCUGCGAUUGGCGUAAAUUCUUUUUUUCCAUUUCGUCAUUCUGCUCGUUCGAUCAUAGCUCAUGGUGGUCCAGAUUACAUCGUACAAAUCGUCAAGGUUCGUUUUCUCUAGGCAAAUCAAGUGCGAAAAGUACGACGGUACCCAGAGCAAAAUAUACAAGAGCUUCCAGCGCUAUUGUAUAUUGGAUCGUCGUAAAUAGGAGCCGUUCGUGAUCUGUCCGUUUUUUGGAAAAAGUUAGCAAAUAUGACUUGGUUUCUAUUAAGCGCUAAAUACCCCUAUUCACGUCCUCUGCGACAAAGAGGUCGUUAAUUAAACAAAAAUAAUAAACAAAUCAUACCUCAUAUCCCAUAUCUCUUCACAGAAUGGCGAGAAGGAAAAGCCAAAAAGGGAACGCUCAAUCUCCUACCGAUAGAGACCCUUUCCACUAGAGGAAUAUCCGGAAUCGGGUCUGAGCUUCGAGGUUCGAGGAUACCUGGGUGUUGCACAUUGCUGAACAGAAUGCUUCGGGCAGGUAUAGCCAACCAGGACUAUUUUCUCCUGUACAACGUGCCCCCGCUGACCGUAUGCUUGGCAUGGAUCGAUCGAAUGGCGAUGAUGUAGACAGCGGCAGACUGAGAACAGCUCCAGAAGUUGAUAACACAUUUUUAUGCGGAAAGAAGAUUCGGCUUGUUAGAGGGUAGUAGUAAUUCUGUGGCUCUGAAUGGAAUCUCGGUAGGUGCCUUUGCUCGGUAGUUUGUUUUUGGUACUUUGGAAUGAUGCCCUGCAACAGUCCUGGUUUUGAAGGAGAAAGGUAAGGAGAAAUAAGGCAAGAAUUAAACACUGCAGAGAAGGGAGUGACCAGUAUUUAUGAAGUAGGAUUCGUUUGCUCUAUGAUAAACCGGUUAUCCACGAAGCAAACAGGAUGGCAGAGGAAAAGAGCAAGCAGUAAAUGGAGUUUUUUUGGCUUAAAGGGAUAACUAUUAGAACCGAGUAGCAACGAAAGAGCAAGGACAAAACGAAAGAGUUAGAUGUUGAUUAAAUCAGAAU